CUGCAAGUUAGGCAGCUCUUGUUCAUUGUCGCGCGAGUCCGCUGAGCCAGGAGCUUUCACAGGCGUUAAUUCAUGCUGCUUAGGGCUCUGAUCAAAAGUCGACGCGCGGAGAGGCCGUUCUGGUGACCGGCUCUCGAGAUAGUUUAAAAAUUCAUUGCGAGCAUCUGUAUUCUGUAGCGACUGCAUACGCCUGUGAAAUUGGCCCUUGAUGAGGGACUUCUCUGGGGACUUCGGCGGCAUGGGACGGUUGCAAGAGACCAAGGAACACGAGCAGGCUCCAGAGGUUGAACAGAACGGUAGCUCAUGGGGCAUCAACGGAAGCCCGAUCCAAUGUGCGGCGUACACAUCGAAGCUACCCCAAGACCCGAUCGAGGCGGUGAGUUUGUCCGACCUCCCCGAUAUCUCGGGCACUAGUCCGUUUGGAGAAACAUUCCCAACUCGGCUAGUAGCCUUCAGUCGGUAA